UGGCGCUAUUGGAUGAUUCUGUUGUUAGUUUUAAGUCGUAAAAACAAAUAACGUUGUUAAAUUGUUCGAAAUAAACAUAAAAAUAAUUUAAAAUCAGUUAGUACUAUACUCUAAUUAAUGACAACUAUUUUUUUUUAAUAUGACACAGUAAACUUAACGUCAAUAUUCAAAAACUGAAAGUGAAUAACAGGAUUACAUAAGCUAUAAAACUACUAUGUGUUGUGACAAUAAAUGUUUUAACAAAAAUGCGUUUUAGGAAUAUAAUUUCUCUGUUCGUUUUGUUUUAACCUAAAUUAAUGAUACACGUCUGCGUUUGGGUUAAAAUCUCAAUGCACAACACGAGUCCUUAAUUGUAUGGACAAUGGACCCAGUGAUUGAUAAUGAAUGGCUCAGCAUAAAGCAUGAUCCCGUGGAAGAAACUCCAGUUGUCGGCAAUGUUUCUCGUAGUUGGCAAUGGCGAGAGCUCGGAGCGAAUCCACCACACUACCCUGCAAGCAAAACAGUCCUAGAAAAUGCUGCUGAAGAUAUUUUAGUUCAGAAACCACUGAAAAUUAGAAGCUGCGACCUACCAGGAUAUCCAAGGUCAACUUUUUUGAUGGUUUUCAGUCCUGAUGGGACAAAAGUUGCAUCAACGCAUGGCAAUCAUAAUGUGUAUGUGUCUGAUUUGGCUAGUGGAAAACACCUUAAGAUUCUAGAGGGACAUCCAAGAACACCAUGGUGUAUAGCAUUUCACCCGUCACAUACACAGCUUAUAGGCUCUGGGUGUCUUGGUGGUCAAGUAAGAGUUUGGGAUAUGGGAAGUGGUGGAAGUGAAGUGUGGAAUGUUCGCUAUGAAACAGUGAUAGCUUCUAUUGCAUUUCACCCUCGUGAACAAUUACUAGUAAUUGCUACUUACAAUGAACUAUACUUUUGGGAUUGGAGUCAUCCAGCACCAUUCACCAAAGUUACCACUAAUAAUAUAAAUGAAAAAGUGAGAUAUGUUGCGUUCGAUGCUCUUGGUUACAAAUUAAUAACUGGAAUAUCUGUAUCGGGUUGUCCGAGUAUGUCUAGUACUUCAUUGCUGCAGCAAAGUCCGACAACAGGCACUUCUAACACACAAAAUAGCAGUUCUAAUAGACGGAACGCCACAGGCAAUGCCAAUGAAAACCCGCUUGGGAUCAAUCCCACAACGGACAAUGCUGGUUCAGCACAAGACAUGAUUGUAAAUUCAUACCAGAACCUGGUACAAAGAUAUGACAGUCUAGUAAGGAAUUAUCAAAGGCUUUUCAUGGUACGGCAUCGGCUUUCCAAUUCUUCUCAAUCAACUCCAAAUACGAUUGAUCGAGGAACUGAUCCUAUGGAAACCGAUACAUCCCCUGGAACGUCCGGCUGGAGCAGACCUGCACGACCGUCUACAGUUACAACGAACACUGAGGAUGGGGCCAGUACCAGCGGAACGAGACGUCCAGACAGUGGUGAAAGCGGGGAUGGAGAAAACAGUAGUCGCUUACUCAAUUUAGAUGCUUUAACGUUUGACAGUGAUCCAUCAAGGAAUCAAGAUUCAGUUUCUGAGCGUUCUCCAUUUGGGUCCCGUUCUUCAGCUUUCCAACCGUUAAAUGAAACCGGCAGAACAUUUAGACCAUCCGACCCGAACGAGCGCUCUACAAGAUUAUUACCCAACCCCUUUUCGUCACCCGGAGGCAUCUCGCGAUCGGCCCGAGUCAACUUCGGUGAAAUGACCACAUCUGGCGACAACGACCCGGCGAACGCGUCGCGCACCAGCAUCUUUACCUCGUCGAGAAUGAGUUCCACGGCUGGCCGAGUAUUAAUCUCGCACAGACGGAAUUUCUCGCCGAUACGACGCGGGCGGAUCUCGCUAUGGGGCGACUCGCCGACUUCCACCGAGAGCACUCCUACACCCUCUCCUCGAAAUAUUACGAAUUCUUCCGCAAACGAAGAAACGCAGGAUACUACCGCACCACGCAGACCUACUAUGACUAAUUCUUCGACGCAAAUGAGUCCCGUACCACCCCUGGACGCGGAGGCCCUCAACGAGAGCUUGGAUCUGAUUCGGGACAUCUUGCGCGAUUCCGGAACGAGGCUUUUAAAUUUGAUUACGGACAUGUCGUUGUCGAUGGUAUCUGCCAGCGAACGGGAGCGACGACGUCGCGCUCACUCUGACGAAGGCUCGCCCGUAGAUCGCCGACCGCGGCCCCGGCCCCGUCUGCUAAGUGUUGGCUGGCGUCGAGAACUUCUCUCUUCCAGUUCCGACUCGGACAGUGAUCGUUCUCUGGAGCCGGAUGCUCUUCGCGCUCGCAGCACUGGUUUCAGAGAUUCCGUCGACGCGGCCGCUCAGUCGGCGGCUUCGUUGUUGACGAACCUCCCGACCGACCGUUUAAUGUUCGAUAUCUUGACCGAUCGAAACGAGAACGCACCUCGCGAUAACGAAGGACUCGACCCCACUCGUUCCGAUGAUAGAUUCCGCGUGCGUGGUCGAGACGACGAAGACGUGGCUCGUGUAGUUCCGGAACCGACUCCCGCAGCUUCAGAACCGGGUCCAUCCGAAGUUGAUCCUCAACCAUCAAGCUCCAGAACCAAUCCGUCGCCACCUUUCAGUCGACCUUCAACGAGUAGAGAUGAGUUUUGGACGCGCGGAUCCUCGGUGUCGUCGGAAGAGGCCUAUCGUAAAGUAAGGAACGGGGUGGCCGCGUUGCAGAAACACACAGUGCAUCUGGCGAAUUUAUGGUAUCGCGGAAAUCGUAUUUCUAUGCGCGAACUUCGCAACUUGUGGGAAAACUUGCGCCGUCGUAUUCUUGCGUUGCAACGAGAUAUCGGAAGACAAGACUCCCCGGGUUAUUACACUAGAUCUCUUUUGGAGAGAUGUAUGAUGUUAGCAGAUAUCGCAGAACCUAUUUCACGCCCUCCAAACAGAAACUUGAGGCGAAGUAUGGAUAGCGACAGAAAUGGUGAAAGAACGGAUCACUCGUCAAACGUUGAUAUGAGUUCACCGAAUCGCGGUGUAGCGCAGGACCCUUCGAAUUCUACUAACGCGAGAGAAGAAGUACAAACUCGGGCGGGGCGAAAUACACAGACAAGAUCGCAACAUCCGGGAGGUCGGGUGACCACGGCCCGAAGACGAGUUCAGCCGGGCUACAGGUGGCAACCUGAGGAUGAACGCAGACGACGUUCGCGUAAUAUCGCAACAAAUCGUUUAGCGCAAAGAUAUUCAAAUAGAUCAAGACGAGAAUUUACCCGAGCGAUAGAAAUUAGCGCUACCAAACACGAGUUACGUAUGCGAGCGAUGCAAGUAUUGUCUGUGAUGUUCAAUAUGAUGAUGAUGUGCUUGGAAGAGCGAGGUCUGAGUCAAUUAAUCAUCAUCAUGCUUCGAACUCUCAAGAAAGCUUUGGUACUUUCGUGGUUUAUGGUGAUGACGAAUAGAAAUAGCGGACGUACUGGUAACGGCCCAACACCACCAUCGCAGCGCACGGACCCAAUGGAUGUCGUUCACAUACAAAACGAAGAUGACGCAAAUCCCGUGAACGUAGAUGACCAUGACGAUACCCAAGUGGCCGAAAAUGUUGUUUCGAAUACAGAAGUUGUAGACAACACACAAACAAUAAAAGAACAAACGCGUGAACAAGAGUCUCGAGACGCCACAAAAGCAUCAUCCUCAGUAGUUAAGUCUGAAACACCGAAUAACCAACAAGACCAGACAAGACUACCGUCACAGAACUACAGAUCAUCGAGAUGGAGCAACAGACUUGCAGUGCAGAUAGCCGCUGCUAAUAGAAAUAAUUCUGCAACAGCGUUGAGUAGAAGAGAACUUUACAUAGAAAGCAAACGAUUAAAAGCCCUACACAGAACAAAUCCUUCCGUUCAUCCGCUAAAUAAGAAAAGAACAGGUCCCCCGAUGUCGACAUAUAGGAUUCCGACACUCCGUUGUUUCCCACGUCGCCCUAAUAUGAACAGACCGAACACUCCCCGAUCACAAGAAACAGAUCCCAUCCCGGGACCUUCAAAUUUGCUUCAUCCAGAAAACACUAGUCAGGACCCGCCACGAGCGGAGGGCAUGUACGAAUUUUAUCAACGCGUUAAUUUUAUACGAAUAGCUCACAUGCAGGCUGUGAGCCUAAGAAACGCCGCUAGAAACAGAUUUAGGCGCUUGCAAACGAUACGCCUAUACACGCCUUCAUCGGUGCGGGAAAUGUUCGCUCUUUAUUCGAACAAUCCAGAAAAUCCACCAGAAAACCGACCGCCGCCACAAAGCAACCCCGAAUUGGGCAGCCGUCGACAGUUUGCCGUGUACCGACCGCAUAUCUUGGCGCAACGAAUCGACCCCGCAAACGCAUCUGAGGAACCCCCUCAGUUCAACAGUGUUGCCAACAACGCAGCGCCACCACCGCCGCCACCACCACCGGCGCAAGCACAGGACGCACAGGCGCAACGAGACGGCCAGAACGCUCCGACGCAGAGGCUGCCGAGAAUCCACGAAUAUUUGCAACCGAUAAUUUUAGCCCAGAACGCGAUGGUGGUGGAAGAAGAGGGUGGCGGGCCGGGCGGUAUGGGGGGUGCGCGGCGACUGGGCGGCAUGGCGGGGCUGCUCGACGCCGGCAUCAUCUCGGAGACCAUGCCUGCCUCCUCGCACCGCGUGCAGGCCUGGGACUUUACCACCGGAAACGUUCCUGAACUAGCCGACGGUCUGUAAUUGUUUUUUUUAAUACGCUUUUAUUAGCUUCAGACGUAUGUACAAUACGACCGAUGUAUCUUGGCGAGUCCGAACUUCGCGCAGAAGGCUGCGCACAAACGUUUUUAGGAACCAAAUGGUGGCAUGACCGACGUGCGCGGGGCGGAGGUCUAGGCUAGGGAUUGACUCUGUGUAAACACAAUCGUCCCUUUAUUCAAUCAAAUAUCGCAAUCGAUUU